AUCCCGGACUUCAAUCGCGACCACCAGCACAAUCUCUGCGCAGAGUGAGCGCAUGCGCCUCGAUUGCAGACGUCGGCGUGUCUGCGCCACCGUACGGGCUAUGGGCACUUGCGCAAUAUGGGAGAAUUCCACUGGGGUCAAGUCGACGGCCAACUCUACACGCGGCGUCGGGCGCGUCGCGCUUCAUACUGUGGUAUUGGAAAAAGAAUCUCGCAAUGGCAUUGCGCAUGGCGGCUUCCUUCAAUAGACUACACAGCUCAACAUUUCGUCUGUGAACGGCUUACCAUCUCGGCUAUCACGAUCUACGACCCCAAAGCGCUCGUGCUUCCUCCGCUUUCGCGCCCACAGCGCAGAGAUGCUCCCUCUCUCCUCGCGAGCCCCUGGUGGCCUUCCCGAUCCCCACCCGGGCCCCCAGCCUUCUUUCUCAGCCCCAAGGGCACGAAUGAGAAGGCGGUAGCUGCGCGCGCGACCCUACCAAGGGGCCCGAAAGACUCGGAUAAGAUCGCGCAGUAUAGCGGACAAUGGCUGCAGCAAGGACACGGGCAAACUUUUGAAUUGCCCAGCGGUAGAAGGUGACCGGAACCGUGUGCCUGAAAAGUCUGUUCUGUCGCCCCUUUUAGAGAAAUGGGCAUAUAUCUGUUCGUGAAAGGCUAGCCAGGUAAGAUGUUUGUAGGUAUCCUAAUCAAGAGAAUUUCCAUUCCCUUUCCUCCCGCUCACCGAGCCUCGUGCCACUGGGAAAAGCACUGCGCGUAGCUGAUUCCAGCUUUUCCGCACUCUCGUGGACACACUGUUUAGGAUGAUUUGUAGUAGUGCGUGGAUUAAGGAGGGUGGGGAGGCGGGGUGGAA